AUGAACAUAUUCAGGGUGUCUGGCAAACUUUUGAAAAAGUAUAUGUGUCUGUUGAUGGUGUGGGCCAUAUUGUCAUCCGUUGUACCCUAUUGGGUUGCCAGCUCCAACACCCAGAAGUCGCCAUAUGAUCCCUUGUACGAACUCAACCAAGCCGCAGUGUCAGAACAUUCGCUUAAUGAUGCAGACGUGAUAUUUGUCACCGCGCAUCCGGACGACGAGUCCAUGUUUUUCAGUCCCGUUAUUGUUGAGCUCUCGAAGUCCAAGUACAACAACGCGUUGCAUUUGGUCUGUUUUUCGGAUGGAAACUUCGACGGGCUCGGCGAAACCAGGCAGCAAGAAUUAAUCCGGGCAGCCAAUAUACUAGGAUUUCAGACCCACAGGACACUGGACUAUGUUGACAACAUCCACGAAGAAUGGGAUGCAAGCGCGAUCGCGGCCACUUUGGCCAAAGAACUGAGGGAGCUACCGCUUUACAAACCAAAGCGAAUUCUGGUCUCCUUCGAUGAAGAAGGUGUCUCCGGACAUCCUAACCACAAGUCGUUGUAUUAUGGUGUUGAAGAGUAUUCAAAGAUACAUAAGCUUAGGUUUUUCAAGCUCAAAUCGUGGCCCAUCGCUGCCAAAUACAGUGCAUUCGUGAUUACUAAUGUUGAACUGAUUGCAAGACUUUUCAAGAACUGCACCGCAAUCCACAGAUAUUUGCCAUCAUUAGUGAAUUACAUCCCAGACCAAGGCCAAGCCAUCAAGAUCUACGCAAACUUCAACUCGUGGUUCCUCAACCUGGCGGCCAUGACAUACGCUCAUUACUCUCAGAUCGUCUGGUACAGAUGGCUGUGGAUUUUCCUCAGCAGAUAUAUGAAUUGCAACGAGCUCGAAUUAGUGAAAUAG